UAUCAAUUAUUUCUUACCAAACUUUGACAGACAAUAGUAGGUAGUUCCCCGCAUGUGAAUCAUUAAUUGAUUGUGUAAUAAUUCACAUUUUGUUGAUGUUAUUUGGGUGAAUAUUGUAUCAAGUAAAAAACUGUAAAACAAUGUCUGAAUCCUCAGAGAAUUUCGGUUCUCAAUACGCGUUGCAAGUAGCUUUACAGACGAUGAAGGAACGAUGUCAACAAUUUCAAAAACGAUUGGCUAUAUCUGAAAGGGAAAAUGCCAGAUUACGAUCAAAUCGAGAAAAAGAAUCAUCAACUGCUGUGAUCCCUGCUAAUGGAGGUAACGAGACGAAUGACCUCAAAAUUCUGACAGAUAAAGUGGAGCAGCUUACUAGAAUAAAAACCCAAUUAACACAUCACAUAUUCAUGGUUGCAACGGAGAAUCGGCAGUUAUGGAAUCGGCUGUCUCGCUUGGCAAAAACAAACAGGUCCCUUGGCAAUCAUCUACAUAAAAUAUCAGAUGCCUUGCAGCAACAUCCUCCUACACAGCCCUUAGAAGCCUUGUCCUAUAAUUUUAAGAAUGACUUCAACUUGAGCAAGAUUGAAUCUGAUCAACUACUUAUGAUAGAUCCUGCUUCUGAACAUAGUGAGGCAAGUUUGGAAGAAAUUUCGUUGAAAUUAAUCAAUAGUAUAAGAAUGGAAAAGUCUGAACUGGAACAGCAAUAUGCUGAGAUGGUAGAAAUGCAGAAUACACCCGAUAUUCAUCUUCAAAGUAUCACUUACUCUUAUCCUGAAUACAUGGACUCGGAUUCAAUGGAACAAUUGAAACAACAUGAUGCUAGAUUGUCGCAUACAAAGAAUAUAUUAUUGUCUCAACAAGCCAAACUCAAAACUGUGAUUGAAAAUUUGCAGAUAAUAAAAAAAGGUUCCAUGUGUAAGAAUUGUCGAGAGAAAGCGAGGAAAAAAACGUGCCAGACUGGAACUCAAUUCAAUUCUGAUGACAGUUUAAAAGAAAAUGGUGCUACCCAGACAAGUCCAAUACCGCAUUCAGCACCAGACACAGAGAGCCGUACUAUUACGACAGAUGGUUGUCGAGAUGUUGAGAAUAAAAUUUGUCCAUUAUGUGCAGCGGUUUAUGGAAAAUCAACGAGGUGGGCGGAAUUCCAUGAACAUGUUUUGAGUCACUUUACAGAUGAAGAUCCACAACCUGGUGAUUUUGAAAUAAUUCAAUAGCAUUUAAUCAAAUAGCUAAUAGAUAUCACAAUGUACCAAGUUCGUUAAUUUUUACAAAUUCUAUUUUCUAAGUUGAUAAUAAAUAAGGUAAAGUAGUGAAAAAAAAUUAACGCAUAGCUGAAAUUAUAAAUGAUAAAAAUGUAUGGACCUUAUGUGAAAACUGUGGCAAUACCAAACAUGUAUGAUUUUGGGAUUAGUAACUCGAUUUCUUGUGCCUCCAAUAAAAGUGAUUUUAGAUUCGA